AUGAAUGAAAACCCUGAGUUUGAUAUUGUUGAGGUUACUAGAAAAAUUGGAGUGAAUAUGCUAAAUAAUGUAGAAAUGACAAGUCAGAAAGCUGAUUGGUACCUUCUUCGAGAGCCAAUAUCAAAAUGUUCAACUGUUGUAACUACUAUUCCCACAAUGUGGCAUGUUGAUCGACAAAGAAUACGAAAAACUCUAAAGGAAUUAGACAAAAUAGAUGGAGCUACAGAAAAAUAUAAAUCUACAGCUACAGAUGUUUACAUUGUAUGCACAUCAACAGAAGAACAAGCGUUUUUACCCCAAAAAUUACACAAAAUGUCGAUAAUUGAUACAGGAGGUCUACCAUAUGAAACAGUUCUUGUAAAAGAUACAUAUUAUAUGUUAACAACCAAUAUUGACGUCUCCGAUGGUUUGGCGAAUGGUGCCGUUGGAAAAUUAGUUCAUAUUGAACGAGAUGAUUCAGGUCAAACUAACUUUGCACGGCUUGAGUUUUCAGAUUCACCAAAAACUGGUAAAAAAAUCGAAAAAAAGUUGCUGGACAUGUUGCGGCAAGACACAGCUAGUGAGUCCAAAAAACUGCUCAACGAGGAAAAAGCAAAGAAUAGUGCAAAAUUGAAUGACGAUGAAUUAAUUUUACGCCGUAAAAAACAGAACGCCGACAGAGCACUUCCUUCUAGAAAAGGGAAAAAAGUUCUUGAUGCCAUGCCCAGUACUAGUACCAUUCAAAGUGGUGAGCCUUUACCUGAAAAUAUUGUUACAGCAAAACUUUUAAAUCAAAAGCAACUAAAUGCGGAACGAUGCCGCAGGUAUCGUCAAAAAUGCAAGCAGCUAAAAUCGGGUGCCAAUGACACAGCUAGUGAGUCCAAAAAACUGAUCAACGAGGAAAAAGCAAAGAAUAGUGCAAAAUUGAAUGACGAUGAAUUAAGUUUACGCCGUAAAAAACAGAACGCCGACAGAGCACGUGCUUAUAGAAAAAGGAAAAAAGGUCUUGAUACCAUGCCCAGUACUAGUACCAUUCAAAGUGGUGAGCCUGUAUCUGAAAAUAUUGUUACAGCAAAACUUUUAAAUGAAAAGCAACUAAAUGCGGAACGAUGCCGCAGGUAUCGUCAAAAAUGCAAGCAGCUAAAAUCGGGUGCCAAUAUUUCCGUCCCAAAAUCCAUAGUGGAUAGAUUAAAAUCUACGCCAGCCAAACAUGAUUCACCGGUCGAUAGUCAAAUAAAUACUUUCCUUUUGUCUCAUGAUACUCAACAUAUGAUAUAUGAUAGAGAUGAUGAUGAUGAUGUCAUCAUCAUUGAUAAAUCGCAUUUGAUCACCAUCUCACCGAAUGUUACUUUAAAUACCGAUGAUGAAAAGAACCGAACACCAAGGAAGAAGAAAAUUACUGCAAAACCACCAAAAACCAAAGCAGAGUAUCAAAAAGCGUAUAGGGAACGCGAAAAAGCUAAAAAAAAUGAAAAUAAGCAAGAAAGUACUGCAAAACCACCAAAAACCAAAGCAGAGUAUCAAAAGGAGUAUAGGAAACGCCAAAAAGCUAAAAAAAAUGAGAAUAAGCAAGAAAGUACCGCAAAACCACCAAAAACAAAUGCAGAGCAUCAAAAGGCAUUCAGGGAACGUCAAAAAAUGAAGAAAAUUAAAAAUAAACGAGAAAGGUUGCAUAAUACUGAUAAUUUACCAACACAAACACAAGCAUCUUCUCAAAGAUCAGUCAUAAAUCUUCCAUUCCAAGCUCCAUACGAGCAACAUAUCGAAUGUUCAAAGCCGAACGCCAUUUUACCGCGUUUAAUAAACAUUCCUGGAGACGGCAAUUGUUUAUUUUAUUCUCUCAUUGAAGUCCUAAGGCUUAGAAUAACACCAUCAGAACUCGGAGAACCAUUACUGGAAUCUCGAUAUUUUCAUACCUGCCAAAACCCAAAUAAUGCAAGAUUUAUACUUCUUAAUGAGUCCGAAUAUGGAGAUUUAGAUUGUUUAUCGAUAUUUUCAAGAGAAUACAAUCAAAAUAUUUGUGAGCAUUUUGAUUUCUUCGGUACCAACACACGUCAAGAAAAAGUGUGGUUCUGUUAUUUUAUUGUGAAUGAUACACAAAACUUCAUUCACCUCCAUCUUCGCAAUCAGCAUUUUACUCCGUAUAUUGAAGUACAGGAAAUGAUAAUAACAACAGUAUUAAUAGUCAACAGCCUAUUACUCAAUAUAUUGAAACACAAGAUAUGA